AUGGGAUUUGAAGGUGUUAGGUAUGAUGACUAUUUUGAAGGGCUUAGGGCUUUGAUGGAGACGGAUGACGAGAGGAUGAUCGAAAGGGCCGUGGAAGUGCUGUGUGGAAGUAGAGCGGAGAAGCAGAGUGCUAUUGAGGAUGCCAUUGGAAGAGGGAUAUCGAAAGAGGACUUUUCAAGGAUGAUGGAUUUGACGGAGCGUUUUCUUUGUAAGGAGAGAAGAGAGAUGAGUUUUGAGGAUGUCGAGCUGUUCGAUGUUCUGUUCACACGGAGGGAGAAGAGAAGUCUUCUUGAGAUGAUAAAGAAUGGGGUGAAUCUUGAGGAGGUGCUUCCUAGUGUUCUGUCUGGACGAAAGAUGUAUUUUAUGAGAUACAUGGCCGACAACAGCCGGGUGUUUGAAUACUUUCUUACAUACCAAUUGUUUCCGGACAGGAGAGGGGAGGCUAGAAGAAUGAUCCACGAGGUCUCUGGGGGAGUGGGGUUUAUCAGGUAUAUAGACAGUGAUGGACUGAGCCUAAUGAGGGGAAGCAAGGUGAUUGAUCUUGAGAAGACGUCUGAGAUGAACAGCACACAUGUUGUAAAAGGAGAGUAUCCGCCGGAAUCGAGCAUGAGAUACGAGGACGGGGUUAAGAUUGUCUCUGUUCCUGGAAAGAGUGUAAGGGUUGAUUUUGACGGGGAAGUACCGGACAAUGUAAGAAGACUUUUUGGAAAGAGCUUUGUGUUUAAUUAUAUCCAGAGUGUGGUGCAGGACUCGAUACUGAAAAGAGAUGGGAAUGUUCUUGUGUGUGCGCCUACUGGAAGUGGAAAAACUGUUAUAGGGAUGAUGUCGAUUCUCAAGGAAGUUGAGAGGAAAGAGAGGAUGCGGGUGGGGUAUAUUGUUCCCAUGAAGGCUCUGGCCAGGGAGAUAUGCAAGACAAUUAGCGAAGUGUUUUCUGGGGACGGGGUUGUUGUUGUGGAGCAUACCUCUGAUGUCUAUUCUGGAUAUAAGCAUCUGGAGAGGACGGGAGUGAUUGUGUCCACACCGGAGAAGUUUGAUGUCCUGACAAGAAACACGGAUCUUCAGUUUGACCUGCUGAUUAUUGAUGAGAUCCACAUGGUUGGGGACCCGCGAGGCUGGGUGAUAGAAGCUAUUGUGGCAAGAAUGCUUAUGUGCGGGGGAUGCAGGAUUGUAGGCCUCAGUGCCACACUUCCGAACUACAUGGAUGUUGGCGAGUUUAUUAGGUGCCGAGACUCUGACAUCUUUUACUUUGGGCCUGAGUUCAGGAGAAGUGCAAUAGACUACGAAGUUAUCAAUGUUGGGGUGAAAGAAAGAGAGAUGAGCAUGGCUGUUGAGAAAGUGUUGGAGAAUCUUGAGGCCAAUGGGCCUGUGCUUGUGUUUGUCCAUUCGCGAAAUGAAACUCUUGAUGUUGCAAAUGAGGUUAAAAGGUAUAUGGAAAGGGUUGGCUGCGAUGAGAUGGGAGUCAUUCCAAGUGUUCAAGAGCUUCUAGCGUAUAGGGUUGGGAUUCAUCAUGCCGGGCUGGACAAAAGAACAAGAACGGUUGUUGAGGACCUGUACAGAAACGGAAAGAUAGAUGUAAUGGUGUCUACAGCCACGUUAGCGUGGGGGGUGAAUCUACCUGGAAAGACGGUGAUAAUAAAGGGAACCGAGGUGUAUGAUGCUUCUUGUGGAUGGAAGCCAGUUAAGCAGAUUGAAAUGACCCAAAUGUUUGGAAGAGCAGGAAGAUUUGGAGAUGACAGAUGCAAGGGGAUACUAAUAUCUAGCAAGGAGAGCGAGUUUCUUAUUGAACGGAGCAUAGAUUCUAGGCUUCUUCCUAGCCUGUGUGAUUGCCUUAAUGCGGAGAUAGUGAGGGGAACAAGAAGAUUUGAGGAAAUGAUAGACUGGUUUAAGCACACCUUCUACUACACAAGGCUUGUGAAGCUGAACAGAGAGCCUGGAAAGAUGGUGAAGGGUCUUGUGUAUAGUGCUUUGAGGUUCUUGGAAGAUGCAGGGCUUGCCACUCUAGAGCCGUCGAUAUGUCCUACAACAAUAGGCGAGGUUUCUUCCAGAUACUACAUCCACUACAGAGAUGCAAAAAGGCUGUUUGAUGAGGUUUCACACAACAUGAUGGAAUCGUCACUAUUUGAGAUUCUGGAGAAAACAAGGGAGUUUUCUGAUGUGAGUGUGGAUCAAAAGGAGAUGGAGGCACUGAAGGGGCUUGUUCCCAUUCCCACGGAGUCUUCUUUCGGGGUUCUGGUGCAAUGCUACAUAGCUAACAGGAUGGAAUCCAGCUCUCUUUCGCAGAACCUUUGCAGGAUGUUUAGGGCAUUACUCGAGGUUGGACUGAGAAAAAAGCUUGGGACCUCGAAAAUGAUACUUGGGUGGUGCAAGGCUGCAGAACACAGGAUAUUUCCGUAUCAGACGCCUCUGAGGCACUUUGCAUGUGAUAAGGAUGCUCUUAGGGGUCUUGAGAUGAAGGAGAUUCCGUUUGGGAUGAUAGAGAUAUUGGGCAAGGAGGGGCUGAACGAAAUAGGCAUCUGUGGGAGCAGUAUAGUUGAGUAUUUGAAAUAUGUUCCUAAGUUCAAUAUUCAGCUGAGUAUCCGGGUUCCUGUGUCGGGGGACUAUGUCGUAAGCAUUGGAAUUGAGAAAGAUUUUGAUGACAGUAAGAUAUACACAAAUACAUAUUAUCUUUUCAUAACAGAUCCUAGAGAGCAAGAGCUUAUUGUUUACGAUGUGAUAACAUUUGAGAACGGGUGUGAGUUCGUUAGCCAGAACUAUGGACUGCACACUGUCUCUCCCUUUGUAAAUGUCUGCCUACUGUCCAGCCAUUACCUGUGUCCCACGGAGCCUAUUACGUUUGACUUGAGGGGUGCUUCAUUGUCGGCACCUUCGAUAUUUAGCUCUUUCUGGGAAUCUUCAAUGAUGAGAAAAGCGUCUGGAAUGGAUAAUUGCAUCAAGCUGAGACUUUUCCAUGACGAGAUUAGUACGGAAGUAGUUGUUGUGCCAAACUAUGCUGAGAAAAGAAGGCUUAUGCUCCUGGGUUACAAGCCAUACACAUACGAAGAGUUUAUUUCUUGGAAGAUCUCUGCAGGGGCUGUCACCAUUCUGGAGGCCCAUGACAUAAUUUCAAACCAUCUUAUAGAAGCCUGCAUGGUGCACUGUAUCAUGAGAAGCAUCCCGAUGGUUCUGGUGGGCCUUCCGUUUACUGUGGGAGGCGGAAUUGAGCUUAUUGGGGAUGUUGAAAAGGACCUGAAGGAGCCUAAAGCCGAGGUAUAUGAGUCUUCAGCCCUUACAUACCAUGGGCUUCUCUCUGACUUCAAGGCCAGGUUGUCUCUGAAUGUGCAUGGGCUAGAUGUAGAGAGCUGCCCAUGCCUUAUAGUCUGUUCGACGGAAAAGGUGGUUGGAUACUUCAAAAGGUUUUUCGGAGACGCAAAGGUUGCCUUGGAAUAUACUGGGAUCCAGAACGGAAUGUACCUUGCCACAAAGAGGGUGGUGGACUCAUGGGUAGAUAGGAGAUGGAGUCCCCAGGUUGAUCAGAUUCACAUUGUAGGUACAGACUACUAUGAUCAUGAGACUUUAUCUUAUGUUGAUUACUCGCUUUCUGAUGUCAAGAGAUACUCUCUCAUGGGCUCGAGAGUAUUUCUUUAUCUAAAGCAGAGCAAAAAAGCACUUUACUUCUGCGGCAAGGACAUUCCCCUGUACUAUUGCUCUUCUGGGAGGAAGGAGCUUUAUGCGUAUUCGUACUGGCUGGGACGUGUACCUGAGAAGAAAGUGGAGUGUCCUCUGUUCGUCAAGGAGCAGGGUCUGACUCGGUAUGGAAUGAUCCUGUGCAAAUACUGUAUCGGGAUGGACACAGUUGAAAUGUUUGAUGGAAGGAUCAAGGACAAGAUGGGGCUGAAGAGCAUCCAGGCUCUUAUAUGCAGGGCCUCUGAAGCAGUGCUAGAGGUCAACUCUGAUGAAUUCAAAGUGCUGUCCAAAGCUGGAGUAGAUCUUUCGGCAGGGAAGGUGUAUGGGAUACUUUCGUAUGUACUAGGUAGGAGCAAAGGGGAUGAGUUCAUUUUGCAGCAAUUCGAGGACAGAGUACUUCCCAUAGUCCACAGGCUGUAUUUGUGUUUUGUCGAGGUUUCAUUGGAAAAGAUGUGCUUGAAAACGGCCUUCAAUGCGAUGUUUGGACUACAGAAUAUGAUGAGGGUGGUUUCGGAGAUUAAGGACAGAUUCUAUCAUGCAAAGCUUUGCGGAGGAAUUGUGCUUAUUGAGGUUGUAUCGAUACCUAGGAGUCCUAUAGGAUGUGCGGUGUUUUUUCUAUUUGACGGGUCUAAGGAGUCGAGCAUUAUGUAUGUCGACUGCCCGGGGACAUAUUCUAUUUCUUGGAAGCACAGGAGCUGUUACGUGAUGAGUGAUGUCUACCCUGGGUUUGAGACAAUUGAGGAUGGAAGCACGGGAGGGCUUGGAGAAUGA